CUAAUGGGCUGGAGGGCUAGUCAGGUUUUGCUAGCAACAGUUCUCCGGAUAGGUUUUCGAGCUGUUCUAGAUGUAGAAAGAAUGAGAAAAUUCGAGGUGGUAAAUGUUAAUUUAGUGUACGGAGAGGUUUAGGAGGAUUUCGGGAUCUUUUUCAGGAGGAUGUCAUUGAUUUAAAAUCUUUAAAAGCGUAUAUAUGAUAUAUAUAUUUUCACCGUUAGCUAGCGAGCUGUGCUUAGCAAAUGAACCGGUUAGUCUUCUGUCCUGAUUAGCUCAUGUUCUCUUUUUAAAAACAAAACAAGGAAUAAUUACCUUUAUUUUUAUUUUCUGAGUAAAAAUGGGUCGUUAAGUGUUUAUUCUGGUCAAAUAUAAACACUUUGAGGCGAGUGCUGCGAGGCAGCUUCGGUUUUUUUGCCAGAGCAGGAAGAUAUACAGUAUAUAAUAUAUAUUAAUAAUAGGCAUUAAUUAUUAUUAUUAGUGUAGGACAUUUUAUGUUUAUUUUAUAUAUUUUUGCAUCAUCAUCAUCAUCAUCAUCAUCAUCAUCAUGGCUGCUGAACUUCAAGCCAAAUACUCCAAACUGGCUCAAGAGUACUCAAAGCUCAGAGCUCAGAAUCAGGUCCUGAAGAAGGCGGUGGUGGACGAACAAGCCAACGCGAUCUCCUUGAAGGACGAGGUGAAGCAGCGUGAACAGAGCCUGCGUAAAGCCGAGCAGGAGAUGGACAGCCUGACCUUCAGGAACCAGCAGCUGGCCAAAAGAGUGGAGCUGCUGCAGGAGGAGCUGCAGGUCAGCGAGGCCAAGAGUAAAAAGGGCAAGAACAAGGGAGAUUCGCCGUCUCAGCCAACUUACCAGACGCAGAGCGUGUUCGACGAGGACCUUCAGAAGAAAAUUCAGGAGAACGAAAGGCUUCACAUCCAGUUUUACGAGGCGGAAAAGCUGCACCGUCAGCAGGAGGCUCAUCUCCGAGAGAGACUGGAGCAGCUGGAGAAAGACGCCGAGCAGCACCAGGCCGUAGUGGACUGCCUCGCCUCCAAAUACAUGGACACCAUCGAGAAGCUACAGAGCGAUAAAGCUCGCCUAGAGAUUAAAGUUCAAACCCUGGACAGGGAGGCGAAGGAGUGUCGGCUCAGGACCGAGGAAUGCCAGCAGCAGUUGAGGAAACAUCAGACAGAGCUGAGCACUCAGCUAAAACACAACAGCAGCGUGAUCCAGGAGAAAGUGCCCUUCAACGACACCAAACACGGUGACUACAACAGCUUGAACGUCCCCACACACAAUAGACGACAUCAGCUGAAAGCUCGUGAUACAGCAGGACAGGCCGUGGGCUUCGUGCAGGAUCUCGUCUCUGCUCUGCUCAACUUUCACUCCUACACAGAGCAGAGGAUUCACAUUUAUCCCCUGGACUCUUCUAUUGAACCUGUUUCACCUCUCAAUCAGAAGUUUUCUCAGUACCUGCACGAGAACGCCGCCUACGUUCGCCCUCUAGAGGACGCCAUGUUGCAGCUGCAUCAGAGCAUCACAGAGGACACAGUUACAGUUCUGGAGACGGUGGGAAAACUGCAGGACUUUUCCAAGUCGUUCUCGACGUACACAAGCUUUCUGCAGAAGAUCCUCCCUUAUCAGCUCAAAAGUUUGGAGGAAGAGUGUGAUGUUCCUCUCUGCUCGGCGUCUUUGGGCUCUAUGAACCGCGAGCUGCAGAGCGACGUGAGAAAAGUGACCGCUGUGUUUGAGAAGCUGCAGAACUACAUCAGACUCUUGGCCUUACCCAGUGUGCGUACGGACGCCAUGCCUCAGAGCAGCUCCAGCGCAGUCUUCACCCAGCUUGCUGCCUGUUUACACAGCCUUCAUGAUGCCACCAAGGAGCUGUCCAAGCACUACAGUCAGAAGGUCACUCUUGAGCAGGAGCUGCCCAACAUCACUCAGAAGCUGCGCACUACUAACGAGUGUUUGCUCUCCUCUCUGGCCUCUCUUACAAACACCACACACAAGAUUGCCACAUUCUUCAGCAACAAUCUGGACUUUUUCACCUCGUCGCCUGGGUACGGGCCAAGAGGCGGAGGCGGAGGCCUUAACCCGCAGCAGGCACACUGCAUGCUCAAUAACAAAAAACAUGCCUGCGAGUACAUGCUCGCACUCCGGAGGACGCGUCCUGAAACCGUCCCCUUCACCGAGGCACUGUGUAACCGCCGCGUCCUCACCAGCUCCACCGAGAGCAGAGAGGGACUCAUGCAGCAGGUGCAGCAGAGUCAGGAGAAGAUCGCCCGUCUGGAGCAGGAGAAGGAGCACUGGCUGCUGGAGGCUCAGCUGGGCCGUGUGCGACUGGAGAAGGAGAAUCAACGUAUAGCUGAGCUGGAGGUCAGACUCUCUUCGGUCCACGGAGACGCGAUCCCUGCCCCCGCUCACACCGACUCGACCUCUACUGAACCGACCGACAUGGAUAAAGAAGAGAAACUGGGCGUGGCCCAGAGCGAAAGUUUGGUCGGAAUGCUCACCACAACCCCGACUAAUGAGAGCAUUGGAGAUGAGGAAUCUCGGGAACACCUGAUCAAAACCCACUACAUGGCGCGAGUGGCCGAUCUCACCAUGCAGCUGCAGAUGUCCGACAGCAAGGCCGUGCACUUUCACGCAGAAUGCCGAGCGCUGGCAAAACGUCUCACUAUCGCCGAGAAAUCUCGCGAGACUCUCACAGAGCGGAUGAAGCAGGCCAAUCAGAACAUCACGUCCCUGCAGGACGAACUGAGCACAACCAAGAGGAGCUACGAGGACCAGCUGAGUAUGAUGAGCGAUCAUCUCUGCAGCAUGAACGAAACCCUGAGCAAACAGCGCGAGGAGAUCGACACGCUCAAGCUGGGGAACAAGGGAAAUUCCAAGAAGAACAAGGGCCGGUAGUUUGGUUCAGAGUUGUGUGAGAGAAGGAGGAUGAGCUGGGACCAAGCGGAUUUCUCUUCACACACACACGCGCGCGCACACACACACACACACAAAACUGACCAAACACGACUCGUCUUUAUUCGUUCGUCGUUUGUUUGACUUUUCACAACAGUCGUAUGAGCGAAACAUUUCUGAUGUACAGAUGUUACAAAUCUGACUAACACACUUUCUGACAUUUCACUUGACUGCUCGUUUACUACAUUUAUAACAUCCAGUAUAACAUUUUCUCACUUCCUGUUUGAUUCGUUUCCAUAGUAACGGAGGAUGUUGAAAGCCGCACAUGAAAUCCGCUAGUAUCGUUAACGGUGUUUGUUUGUUUUGUUUGUUUUUUCAGUGAAGGAACCAUGCAAUCGGUCAUUUAAAAUAUAUAUAUAUAUAUUUAUGGA